UGUAAAGUAACAGGAAAGAGAGAAGCACCGAGAAAAGCAGCUGAAAUGAGUGACCUACCAGUGGUGAAGUGUAGUAGUACGUAGAAUCACUGCAGCCUAGAGAUCCCUCGCUCAAGCCAAUGUCUGACCUCAGCUAUGAACAACCUUAGCCAGAGAUCGCCCUAUAGCCAGAUUGGAAUGGGGGCUGCAGGCGGCUUUCUCACCGGCUUUGUGCUCCUCAAGGCGAGUAAAAUGGUGGCCGUGGCGGCGGGCGGCACCAUUCUGGCGAUCGAGCUCGCACUGGAGGCGGGCCUCGUCAGGCUGGAUAUCCUCAAGAUAGUGUCUCAGGCGGAGCAGGAUCAGCUACGAGGGCAGCUGCAGGUCGUCGGUGAAGGGGUCAACCUGUCCCGCGUUCAAGAACUUGGGGAUAAGGCCAGGAAAGCGUGUGCUACCAGCGGUCGUCUGUGUGUGGCCUUCUUGGGCGGCUUUCUACUCGGCUUUGGCUGGGCUUAACUAAUGCAAAUUAGCCACGCUACUCGAAAAGUACAUAUAUUUAAAUUGUAAACCAAAGUUACCACCUGU